GCUGCUGCAAUCUUCUUCUACCUGAAUCUAACCGAAAAGCUUAGUAGUACUCAGCAUAACAACAAAAAGGCGAAGAGGCGUGCAGCCCAAGCCAGAGCCGCCUGAACCCACCCACCCGGCCACCUCCACCCUGCCUACCAACAGAAAGAGAGUGAUCCUUCUCUCUCUAACCCCAAAAAUCACCAUUAAAAUCAAUCCUAUGAAAUUUCUACACUUAGGCCCCUCUUUUUGACCCACCGACUGCCGGCUGUAUAGGAUUUCGGGAAGACGAUCGCCUUUUUUGGGUGGGGGCAGGGUUUAAAUUAUUUAUUUCUUCAGAAGCUUCGCGUAGUUUUAAGCGUGAGUUCGAAGGCGAGGUUGAGUGAAUGGAACGUGAUGAGGAAGUCUUUUAAAGAUUCACUCAAAGCUCUGGAAGCUGAUAUUCAACACGCUAAUACUCUGGCUUCAGAUUACCCACGAGCAUAUGGGGGUGCUUGCCUUCAAAUGAGGCUCUCAUACAGUCCCUGUGCUCAUAUGUUUAUGUUUCUUGUUCAAUGGGCUGAUUGUAAAUUCGCCGGUGCGCUCGGUUUGAUUAGGAUCCUUAUAUUCAAGGCUUAUGAGAAUGGUAAGACAAGUAUGUGUGUCCAUGAAAGAAAAGCUACCUUAAGAGAGUUUUAUGGUGUGAUAUUCCCUUCACUCUUGCAACUUCAAAGGGGAAUCACUGAUGUGGAAGAGAGGAAGCAGAGGGAGAUAUUUGAGAAUAAGUACAGCAAAGGGGAUGAAGCAAAAAAGGGAAAGUUAUCUGAAAUUGAAGUGGAGAGGGAGGAGGAAUGUGGGAUUUGUUUGGAGUUGGAACCCAAAGUUGUGUUGCCUGGAUGCAACCAUGCUUUGUGUAUGAAGUGCUAUAGAAACUGGCGUGCUCGGUCCCAGUCAUGCCCUUUCUGCCGAGAUAGUCUGAAAAGAGUGAAUUCUGGAGACCUUUGGAUAUGCACCAACUCUCGGGAAGUCAUUGAUUUGGCAGCCAUUUCAACGGAGAAUUUGAAGCGGCUUCUGUUAUACAUCCAAAGCUUGCCUCUCCUCCCGGCAGAUUCAACACUCGUUUCAUAUGAUCCCACCUGUAGAUGACACCCAACUUAUAUAUCAAUAUAUACACAAAUAUAUACAAGUACGUAGUAUUAUUAUAUAGAUGAAUAAAUUCCACUUUUUGUCCUAUUUUUAGGUCAAUUCCACAUUUAGUCCACAUCAUUCACUUUGUCCACUUUUGAUACAUGGCUACUAUAUUUUCGCUCAUAUAUGGUCCUUCCGACAUUGUUUUCGAUGGUUAAAAUCGCCGGAAAGGACCACAGAUGGUUAAAAAACAUUAAUCAAGUACCAAAAGUGAACAAAGUGAAAGACGUGGACUAAAUGUGGAAUUAACACAAAACUCGUAGGAUCAAAAGUGAAAUUUAUUCUUAUAUAGAUUAGAUUAUAGGUUUACGGAUCGUGGUCCUCCCUUUGCACAUAAACCAUCAUAGCGUACAAUUGCGGAUUUUUUAGUUUCUUUUAAUAUUAUACUCAUUAUAUUUAGUGUUGGUCAUUGCGGAUUUGGGGUCUCUGCCUUGCUCUAGCAGCAAGGUAGGGUGCCUGGCCGAGGGAGACCGUCCGAUCGAGAACUCAACGGUAGGCGAUUAUUGUGGUCCACUUUUUCGCGUAUCUCGAGGUGCUCUUCUUCCCAUCCGGCCGUCGGUUGCAUAAGGCACUCUCCGAGUCGGGUAGAGGAUCUCAUAUUUGGAAGAAGUCGUCUACUUGUAUUUAUUUUACAUACUCUAUUAGUCCAUCAUAGUAAGAAAUUAACUGGGAAAGUUCUCAGAUCUUCUGAGGAAAUGUUUGUUACUUUUGUGUGAUCUAACUUCCCAAAAAACUUUGAAAGUUCUGAAACAUAGAGCAAAAGACUAUUAUUGAUAGAGAAUAGUCAAGAAUAAGGGAAAAGAAUAGAGGCUUCUUGAUAGAGUAUAUAGACUCGGACCCUUGGAUCUCACGACUAUUGGGCCCGGACAGCGGUCCACGUACACUCAGCUGAUAACAUUUUCAUUAUUGUACAUUAUUAUUAUUCAGGUGUUCUAGAUUAGCCUUUUAUAUUAUCAGUCCAUUUAUGUAACCGGGUCUGUCAGGCCCAUAUUAGAGGCCCAGACUCGGAUUUCUUCUAUAUAUACUCCUUUUGGAGCUUGUAAACCCUAACUCUCAUUUCUAUAUUCAUACACAUCACUAC